AACACACAAAUCUUCCAAAUUUCGCAGAAGGAAGACGUUUUCGUCGUGCUCAAUUCUGUAAUUCAAUUCAUUUCGGCCAUAAAUGCAAGUGCAACACCAACAAAACAACGCUGGUAGGCUGCUAGUGCAUGCAAAAUUUAUAGUUUUUAACUGAUAGUCAAACAAGUGUAGUGUUGGAGCCUCUUUCAACGUGUGUAAACAGCGCGAAAGUGAACUGCGCGCUCCUCCUCACAACAACAAAAAGAAGUGCAUAAAAUCGAUUAGCAUUUUGUGAAAUUUCAGCAGGGCGCGUGGCAAUUUAGCGUAUUUUAUGUCACUUUUACUAUGAAAUUGGAUGAAAUUGUUGCAUGGUACCAGAAAAGAAUCGGCACCUAUGAUAAGCAAGAAUGGGAGAAGACCGUCGAACAGCGUAUUUUGGAUGGCUUCAAUAGCGUCAACUUGAAGAACACCAAGCUGAAAACGGAACUGAUCGAUGUGGAUUUGGUGCGAGGUUCGACAUUUCCGAAAGCAAAGCCCAAGCAAACGCUCCUCACGGUCAUUCGCUUGGCCAUACUGCGUUACCUGUUGCUGCCACUCUAUGCACAAUGGUGGGUGAAGCAGACGACACCGAAUGCCUUUGGCUUCAUACUCUGCUUGUACAUAACCCAAUUGGUCAAUUGGGCUAUCUACAUUAUGCACAGCAAUCGCAUUGCGCCGCUCGUCUACGAGCAGCAAGUGAAUGCCACAUCGACGGCAACGCUUGCCGCCGAUAAACAACAAUCUGAAGAGAAUGCCGAUCUGCUGAGCGCAUUGUUAAUACCCUGUGCAUUAAGCUUGCUGAUUAGUCUAAUCCACUCGCAGAUUGUCGCCACAAAUUCAUCGUCUGGCGGCAGCACUAAAAACAAAUUGCGUCGCAUCUCCAUGACAAGUUUCAGCGAGAAAGCGAAUGUUCCGCGGGAACAGCAGCGAAUGCGACGUCGAAAAAAAUACGUGCGUGUGCGACAGCCGGAAGCUGAGCUUUCGCAGCCGAGCAGCAGCAAUCAUUCGUUGAGUGCGCGACGUGCCAAACUGGCGACCAUCAGUGUGGAGCCAACCACAACAACAACAACCGAGCUUAAACCCAGUAAUGAAGAAUCCUUUGCCACCACAACUGCCAUAACCGUGCACCAUCAAGCUGCAACUGCGGCGUCUGCCGCUGCUGCUGUUGCUGACAGCACGACACUCCCAGAGCCGCUCUUUGAUCUGCGAAAGGUCGGAAGCGUUGCGUCCGACAGUCCGCAUAAGAAGCGCAAUGUCAACUGGCAUACGCCCAUACAGAUUUGUGCCACGUUUGAUCAGAAUGAGUUGCCAUCGUCCAGCAUUGAGCUAAGCAAUGCGACGCCAUCGCCAAGUGGCGCUCGCCUGGAGCCCAAUUAUCGCACUCGCCGCAGCAUUGGCGAAGAUGACGGUUUCGAGAGUCUCAAUGGCAAAAGUUCCAGUGGUGAGGACAACAAUCAGUCGCCCAAUGUUGGCGGCAACUCGAAUGCUGCAACAACUGCGGCUAUCGCACCGCCAAAUCAGCUACGUUUGCGUCUGAAUGUGAGCAGCACCAGCAGCUCAACGGGCAACAACAACAGCAACAAUGUCCAGGCAACCGAUAAACUUGCACACGAAUCAACUAGCAGUUGUGCAGAGUCCGAUGAAUGCGACGAUGCAGACAUCAUAUCAAGUCCAGCUUCAGCUGGCACACAAGAGUGCAACACUUCGGCCACCGAUUGGCUGGGCGUUACCACGAAUAGCGAGGAUUGCAGCUACACCUCGGAAUUGGAUCAGUCGGAUGGCGGCUACAAGCAUCAGCCAUGCAGCGACGAAGAGCUGCCCGAGUUGGACAUAACACCCACAACCAUACUUAAUCCGCACAGUAGCUUAGAUCGCAUUAGUUGCACCAUUUGGGAUCAGCGGGACACAAAGAAAGCACAACUCUCGGUGCUGGAGAUUGCUUCGUGCAUUAUAGAACGCGUCGAUUCGCUGGGCGUGACCAACGAUUACAUUUACAUUGGAGUCUUCUUCUCCUUCUUGCUGACUUUGAUACCCACCUUCUGUCGACUGUGCGAGAUCAUCGUUGAUGCGGAUAAGGGAAGCGAGAUUAGCUACUUCUAUAUGCCGCAGCUGUUGUGGGAGAAGUCAUCGUCCUCGUUCUUUACCCUCUUGGGCUUUGCCUUUGGUGAGGCGCAAUGGGAACGCACCGUGUUGGCCUUGGGCUUUAUACAGCGGCUGUGCCUCACCCUCAUCCUAUUCAUCAUCUUUGCGGUGGCGGAGCGCACCUUUAAGCAGCGUUUUCUGUAUGCCAAACUCUUUUCACAUUUGACUUCAUCGCGUCGCGCUCGAAAAUCGAAUCUGCCACACUUUCGGCUCAAUAAAGUUCGCAAUAUUAAGACAUGGCUGAGUGUGCGCUCUUAUCUUAAGAAACGCGGUCCACAACGUUCGGUAGAUAUUAUUGUGUCGGCCGCAUUUAUUGUCACACUCCUUCUGUUGGCCUUUUUGAGCGUGGAGUGGCUAAAGGAUUCGGUGCAUUUGCACACACAUUUAACGCUGGAGGCGCUAAUCUGGUCCAUUACCAUUGGCAUCUAUUUGCUGCGCUUUAUGACGCUCGGCCAGAAGAUUCAGCACAAAUAUCGAAGCGUUUCGGUGCUGAUCACCGAACAAAUCAAUUUGUAUUUACAAAUUGAGCAGAAACCUAAGAAAAAGGAGGAAUUAAUGGUCUCAAAUAGUGUACUAAAACUGGCAGCCGAUCUGCUUAAGGAACUGGAAACGCCAUUCAAGAUCUCUGGUCUCAGUGCCAAUCCAUAUCUGUUCACAACCAUCAAAGUGGUCAUCCUAUCUGCACUCUCAGGUGUGCUGAGCGAGGUGCUUGGCUUUAAAUUGAAGCUACACAAAAUUAAGAUUAAGUAAAGCCAAAAAAGAAAAAAAAUGAUGACGAUCAUCAUCAGAUCAUCAAUGUGGUGCUCUGCGGCAAUGAUGAGGAAUGUUAUAUUUUUGUAGUACAAUUUUUUCGGAAUGCUUUAAGGAUAAACCAACAACCAACCUACAAAAUAUCUAAAUUAUCUACGUAUAGUUUUUAUAUAUACAAUAACAAAUAAUUCAAAUUUUAAUAGUAAUAAAUGAAGAGAGCCAA